AAAAGAAAGAAAAAAAAGAAAACUGUUUGACGCAGGUGGUGGGGGUGAGUAGGUUGUGCGAAAAGCAUGCUGGGUAUGUCAUUGCUCCUAGUCAGUAUUUUAGGUUUCUUGUUCAUUUGCGAGAGGACUGGUUGGAUAAAUCCUAAGAAAAACAGUACUAAAAAACAUCUCAUAGUUGCACAAUGAAUUCGUUUAGCUUGUAGAAGGACAACUCUACGAUUCUUUACAUCUAAUAUGUAUUUGUGCCCUCCAAGAAGCAGUGUUUUGAGUGUGUUGCGGACGGCUCUACGUUUUGUUGUUAUCGUCAUGUGAGCUGAAUUCACAGCAAAGUCUGGUUUUCGGCGAGCUUCGCUCUCUUGUGCAGGCUUCAAGAUGAUGUGUGAUAUAAUGCCAACUAUCUCGGAGGAUCCUCCAGAGAUCCACUUCGGCCAAAAUGAGGAAACGAAUUUCGAGCAACUUAUGGUGAAUAUGCUGGAUGAACGCGAUAAGUUGAUGGAGACAUUGAGAGAAACUCAAGACACAUUGGCCUUGACAAGAUCAAAACUCAACGAUGCUCACAAGGACAGAGAAGCUAUGAUGGCUCAUUUAGAGUCUGUUCUAUCCGAGGGAGACGACCAGCUUAUAGAUAAACUAGCAAGCUUAGACGGUAUUAAUUCAGAGUCUACUAACAACUUAAAAGAAGAUCACGGAAAGAAACGAGUGAAGAAGCUGGCCGAGGACUUUGCAUCAAUGCUCAAGGAAUUGAAUCAGUCUCGAGAACAACUGCUUGAAAAAGAAGAGGAAAUUUUAGAGUUAAAAGCUGAAAGAUGCAAUACUAGGUUGUUACUGGAACAUUUAGAAUGUCUGGUGGCACGCCAUGAAAGGUCGCUAAGGAUGACUGUAGUUAAGAGACAAGCAGCAAGUGCUGGUGGAGUGUCAUCAGAAGUUGAAGUGUUAAAAGCACUGAAGUCUCUGUUUGAACAUCACAAGGCAUUAGAUGAAAAGGUGCGAGAAAGGUUACGGCAAGCUGUAGACAGAGGAAAUAAUUUGGAAACAGAAUUAGAAGAGACUAAAGACAGAGUUAAACAACUUGAACAAGAAAAUGAAGAUAUAAGACUUAGAAACCUAAGAAGAAUGCGCCCAGAUGAAAAUGAUUCACCUAUACAAGAGGAAUGUCUACCCAAUGGUGAUGAAAAUGAAGGGAGAAAGAUAUCUAAUGGUCCAACAGAAAUCUGUAACCAUGAUGAGCAGAUUGAAGAAAUAAACUUCUUGUUAAGCAAGAGAGCUAAAGAAGUUGACCGGUUAUCAAAAGAGUCAAGGGAAUUCAAGGAAAGAGCAAAUCUUUUAGAAGAAGAUUUAAGAAUAACCAAUAAGCAGCUUGAGAGAGCUAAUGCUCAGGUUAAGAGACUUGAGAGAGAUUUAGAUGAGGCUGCAGCGCAAAAGUCUGAUAUGGAAGACAGGAUAGCUACAUUAGAAAAGCGAUAUGUUAGAAUGCAGCAUGAAGUGACUGCCCUUAAUGAUGAUAACGAGCGACUAGAAACUGAGCUAGCUUCAAAAGAAGCAGAAUUAAUACAGGCUGAAGAAAAACAGAGACAUUUUCAAGAGAAGUUAGAAUUAUCAGAACAGAACCUAAAUCAACUCCAUCGUAAAGCUGAAGCCUUGCCAAAGAUAGAAGAAGAGCUUGCAGUGAGAAUGGCAGCUUUGAAUGAGGCUGCUGAAAAGCAAGGGACAACUGAAGAACAAUUGACAAAGAUGAAAACACAAGUUGAAGAGAUGCAAGCAGAGCUGAAGAGGGCAAGGGAAAGAGAAAAAAUGAAUGAAGACCAUAAUACUAGACUCGCUGCAACAAUUGACAAAUUGUUGACAGAGUCUAAUGAAAGACUGCAGGCUCAUUUAAAAGAGAGAAUGGCAGCAUUGGAAGAAAAAACUGCUGUAACACAAGAACUUGAAAACAUGAAAUUACAGUUAGAAGAAAUCCAAAAGGAAAAGGAAGUGCUGGCACAAGAACUAGCUAGAAUCAAAGAAGAAAAGCGGCAGUCACAAGAAUUAAACAAAGAGUUGGUUGAGAGAGCAAAGCAGUCGAUGGGCCUCAGUAGUUCUGGUGGUACAACUAAUGUGCAGUAUCGAGAACAAAGAGGGCGGCAAUGUGUAGAAGAGAAUCCAAGUCAGGUUUUUACACUUAAUGAACAAGAAUGGCAGAAGAUGGAACAAGAAAAUGUACUCAAGAACAUCACAUUAGCAUUUGAUACAACACGAACAUCAGACACUGCUGAACUGGAUUUUGAUAAUGAUGAGAAUGAGGUUGCAGGAGAUGCAUUAACACUAGCCUCAUUGCUACAGCAACAGAUUGAUGCUAUUAAUCUAGAACUCAAUUACUUACAAGAUGAACAUAGAGAUGCUGAGGAGAAGACUGAUGAGCUGGUAAAAUCAGCUGUGGGGGGACCAAGGCGGUUGUCAGGAGCUAAUGAGGAAUACAGCUCAUCAUCUUUUCCUUUCCCACCAUUGGAUCCUAUGGAUACCACACCUAUUUGGGUGAAGUCCAGCAAGGAUGGUUCUCUUCAUGCUUUGAAUGAUGACAGUCCCACCCCUCCCACACCUAGUUCAGUAGCCUCAGACUCAACAGAAAGCCCGAAGACCAGCAUAACAAGCCCUGAUCAUGUGACAGCUGCAGUGAAUAGCAAUGGAAAUACUAAACCCAUGGAAAAUUCAAAUGAUUCCCUGCCAAGUGCAGCGAGUACAAGCACAACAAGUAGUGCAGAAUCACUCAACAAAACCAGUCAAACAGCAAAGAAGAAAGGAAUCAAAGGCUCAUUUGGACGAUUGUUUGGCAGCAAAGGGAAAGGUCGCGGUAAGGAAACAACAAGUUCACAGGACUCAGACUCUGUGUCUUUGGACUCUGUGACAUCCGGAAAUGGUCAACGAGAAUUGGAUAGAAGUAUUAAAAAGAAAUCUCACUUACUGGCUGAAGCACUUGAGGCAGGCACUCCAUUUGGCCUUUGGAAUGCACCUACUGUUGUAGCCUGGCUGGAGCUGUGGGUUGGAAUGCCAGCCUGGUAUGUAGCCGCUUGUCAAGCUAAUGUUAAAAGUGGUGCUAUUAUGUCUGCUCUCUCUGAUACAGAGAUUCAACAUGAGAUUGGUAUAUCAAACCCAGUACACAGACUAAAGCUACGACUAGCAAUACAAGAAAUCAUCACACUUACUACACCAUCCAGCCCUCAUACAAAUAGAAAUUAUCCAAUGUGGAAUCAAUCUCUGGUUUAUGGUGAAAUGAAUCAUGAUUGGGUCGCUAAUGAGUGGCUGCCACAUAUCGGMCUGUCUCAGUACAAGACACAUUUUGAAGAGUGUCUCGUGGACGCGAGAAUGCUGGAACAUAUAAGUAAAAAAGAAUAUCAAAAAUACUUAAAAGUUGUAGAUAGUUAUCAUAGGCAUAGUAUCCAAUGUGGAAUCAAGUGUUUAGGAUUCCUUAAUUAUGAUAGACGGGUAAGUAUUUACAACAUCCGGCAAUGCCCAAGGCAUCCUUUUUUAGAUGUCCUUGUUUGGAGUAAUCAGCGUGUCAUUGAUUGGCUCAAAUCUAUUGGCCUUGGAGAAUUUGCUGACAACUUGAGACACAGUGGCGUCCAUGGGGCUGUUAUAGCGUUGGACGAAGGCUUUGAUGUCAAUGCUUUGGCAUAUGCUCUGCAAAUACCAAGCCAAAAUAYUCAGAUUCGUCACGUUUUGGAGCGAGAAUUUACAAAACUGCUUUGCAGUGGUACAGACAGAGUUGUUGCUAAUGAUCUGGCUGAGCUGAAGCGAACUAAAUCUUGGCGCAAAGUGUUUAAAACUAAAGAUAAACAGUCUAAACAAAAAGAAAACCAAGAACUCGUGAGAAGAUCUUCUUCAGGCUCAGAAUCAUCUUUGAGUCAAUGCAGUACCAGCUCGUCUCCUAAAGUGAUGUCUAAAAACAAUACUGAAUUACGGUCUUCUGGAUCAUUCAAACGAAAGGGAAACCAGUCCUAGCACCGGAUAAACCACAUAGUAAGGUCAUUCAAUUUUCAUAAGAGGAAUUUUUGCAUUUUUCAUGUCGAACUUACAUAAAAUUAUAUAUAMAACUUAUUUUUGCAUUCAAGAGUUGAAUAACCACAAUUUUGUUUGCAAUACGUCAUUUAGAAAGUCCCUGUAGUAUAUCACACAGGUAGCAUUUAUAUAAUCAUAUUCCUACUAGUAACAUGUGAAAUGGCAUGUUACCUACAAUUGUAGCUUGGUAUUUAUUAAUGACUGGAUGCAACAAUUGUAGCAAAACAUGUAUUAUCAAUCCGCGUCAUUUUCAUCUGCUUUUGAACGUUUUUCUAGAGAAUUGUUUGGCAAAAAAGAAUUCAGGAGAUAACAGAAAAAAUAAAAAUAAAAACGAAACAAACCAAAAUAAAAUAAAAACCUGAAAGUUUGGACAUAAUGAAUGUGAGUUGGUGGUUUCCCUAUAUAAAUUGACAUUACCAAUGUGCACAGUUUUGCAUCUGAUUCUAUGCACAUCGUGUCRCGCAGACUGUUUUUUCAAGAUUGGACUUGGUCAAACUCAUAAAUUUGAAGCAGUUUUAGAAAAAAUGAAUAAUGAAAAAGAUAUAAGAAUCAUUUUAUAAGACUUGCUAUUAUCAUUGUUUUAUACAACUAGUGUACAUUAUGUGUGCUUUCAAAAGAAAUUUAUUAAUAUUAACAUUAUAAAUAUAUAUCGUAGAAGCACAAACGAAAACUCUGAAGUGUACGAAAAAACGUUUUAUUCUCGACAUGUUUUGGGAGAACUGACGCUACUUCGAUGCGAUGGCGGUAUGAUAAUGCUAARUGAGGUUCAGGUAAUGUCGCCUUUGCUACAUUUUUCAUUUCAAUCUUAAUAACUUGCGAAUGGGGACAGUUUUCCUUUGGGUAAAUAGGGAAAUAGUGAAAUUUGUAUGCACUUGAAAAUGGCGUACUUAAUUCCAAAACAUGGUGAAUAACACUUUAUUUCGUAAACUUAUUAAGUAUAAAUAUAAAUAUUAUAUAUAUAUUGAAGCUGGGGCUCUUACAACCGUCAUUUUCAAAAAGUAACAAACCCUACUUGAUCUUAAUCUUUAUUGAGGCAACCUUCACCAAUACUAGUCUGGUAACUACAAAGUUACUGGUACGCCCACGAGUGAGACUGGUAACUAGUCACUAGUAGGUACCUUACUGAGUUCAUGUCAUAGAGAAAACGAAUAGAGAAAUUGACAGCACGUUUGAUAGCUAGCAUCGAUUUGCACAGUGUUUUCAGCAGUUUUAGUUUUACAGACCAUAUACUGUUGUCAUCGAAUGUAACUAACAAUAUUACAUAUCAUAUUGACUUAACUCUUUACAAAAGAUGGUUAGAUCAGGUGGUUAGCAUCAUACUCAGCAGUGUAAAAGAAACUYGCUUUAAUCUUGGGAAUGUUAAUCAAUGUUUAUCUACAAUAUUUCUUGUAUUUAGAUCAGGGUUAGCAAUAUUGUAUUUCUUGGUCUAAUCGGCAAUGGGCGCGUUUCACCUCUCUUCAAAAUCCUCGUGAAUGUGAAUGGCGGUCUCUGGGGAAUCAUGAUUCUGUACAAAGCUUUAUGCAUGUCCAGAAAAAAAAUCGUCCUUUUUACAUAUUGACCAUUCCCAUUUCGAAAUUACGCGGCCAURAAUAAUACUCCGGGUGGGUAUUUCUCGUAGAAAGUAUACUCGUUGAGUAUUGCUAGUAUGUAAUACUUUACGAGUAUUACUCUUAGUACUCGAGAGUAUUGCACGUAUACAGUCCUCUAUGAGUAUWACUAGUAGAGACUCGUGAAGACGGAAUGGCUGCGAAUUGGUUUUUACCCAGUUUGCCCAAAAACAAGUGUUCGUCAAUUUCAAAUGRAAAACUGUAAUCAUAAUUAUAAUGUCAUAGCUAAUAAACAAUGAUGCUCGCCAGAAUCCGAGCUUUUCUAGGAAUAAUAAAAGAACAGCAAAAAUACAA